GUCUUCCUCCUGAAAAGUAAAGGGCGAACACACUGAGGCAAAGCAAAAGAGGAGAAAGAUUUUUUUUUCUUUCUUUUUUUCUUUUUUUUUUUUUUCGGGAUGACUUGUUAAAAAGAUGCGAGUAUGGAGUGACAACCUGGCCCGGGUGGACAUGUAGCUCUUAGGGUCGUGUGGUUCCCGCGGGGUGGUCGUUUGUGUGUCCCCGUCACCACCACCACAAGCACCACCCUCUACACCCACCACCACCACCACCACCAUUAGGCGAGUCAUCCACGCCCCUCACCACCCACCGCAUUCCCCUUCCACCAUCAUCACUCCACCACACCCAUCAAUACUCCUCCUCCUCUUCUUCCUCUAUAAUUUCCAGUAGCGCAACGAAGGUCAGUUAAAAGAGGAAUAACAAACCGACGAGAGUGAGAGGGAGGAGGAGGAGGAGGAGGAGGAGGAGGAGACGUUGAGAGUGAGGCGGCAGGAUGAGGAAGGUGGAGGAGGAGUUACGGAUCAGGAUAAGAGAAUCACACACCGACGGGAUCUUCUGAAACGUGACCCACUCAUUGGACGGGACAGAAACUUCGUGGAUUGCUGGUUAUCCUUAAGCUGAAGGAUUUCCUCGCUGGCAGGAUAUUUACGGCCAAAGGUCCUGCAACGCGGCGCCGAGCAUGGCCGACACCGACAGAAGGCCAGACAGGAGGGUGGUGGCGAUGUUAAAACUACUUCAGGGACUUUUCUUGACGUUUCUCCUCCUUCCUGAGCAGACAGCUGGUCUGGGUGUCAGCUGGGACUGGCAGCGCUGGUGGACCUAUGACGGCAUCUCAGGGCCACAGUUCUGGGGGCUCAUCAACCCGGAGUGGUCCCUAUGCACCAACGGGCACCGUCAGAGUCCUAUCAACCUGGAUCCUUCAACACUCCUCUAUGACCCAAACCUGAGACCUCUGCACGUUGAUAAACACAAGGUCAGCGGUGUGGUCAACAACACAGGUCACAGUGUAGUCUUUACCGUCGACGAGGACCACGAGGACCCAGCUCUUGACGCGGCGGUGGGCGGCCUGGGAGGGGUACCGGGGAGUCUGGUAGGCGGCGCGGGUGUAAUGGGCGGCGCUGGCUCCCUCGGGCGGCCGCUAGGGGAGAACACAGGCGUGGAAGGGGGUUCUGAUUACCUGAAUAGGGUACACCGCCACAAGAACCCGCCCUUGAACAUCACAGGGGGACCUCUCUCCUACAGGUACAGGGUCGGUCAGGUCCAGCUUCACUUCGGAUCCAAGGACCACAUGGGAUCCGAACACACAGUAAACGGAACCUCUUUCCCUGCCGAGAUUCAGAUCUACGGCUACAACUCCCAACUGUUCAGCAACUUCUCCGAGGCAGUGUCCCGCGCCCACGGCAUUGUGGCCAUCUCCGUUAUGAUCCAGAUAGCGGAGCGAGGGAACCCUGAGCUGCGCCACCUGACGGACGCCAUGGAGAAGAUCAGGUACGCCGGCAGUUGGGCGCCCGUGGAACACUUGAGCGUGAAGGGCCUCCUGCCGGGCACUGAAAACUACAUGACCUAUGACGGCUCCCUGACGCAGCCGCCGUGCCAUGAGACCGUGACGUGGGUGGUGGUGAACAAGCCCAUCUACAUCACCAAGCAGCAGCUGCACGCCCUGAGGAAGCUACACCAGGGCACGAAGAAGAGUCCCAAAGCCAAGAUGGUCAACAACUUCCGGCCCACACAGAACAUGUACCACCGCCCCGUCAGGACUAACAUCGACUUCACCAACGGCAGGAACCUCAACUGUCCCACCAUGGCGCGCCAGAUGUACUACACAGCCAACACGUGGAGGUAAUGAGAGAGACCUCGUAGAAGUUUUACCUCCCCCGCUGCUGCCUCCCUGGCCGACGUGGUAGCGAUGGUGGUGGUCACGAUGGUGGAGAAAAAGAAUAAGAAAAGAAAGGAAAAGAACCAUAAAAUCUUCACGCUCUUGCAUUGUCACCGAGGAAAAAAAAUAUCAAGACCUGCUAAUUCCUGAAGAAGUUCCAGCGGGAGGAAGAGGAGGAAGAAGACUGCAGGAGGAAGAGGGUGGAAGAGAGAGGAGGAAGAGUGCGGGGAAAUCGGUGAGAGUGGGCGUUGGUUGGGUGACAGGAAGACAGAGAAAGACAAGACAACCUAUCUCUCCCUCCCGACACUCUGCCUCCUCCCCCCCUUCACGCCACCCCCUCACCACCCACAGUCAAGACACCAAGACAACCUGAUAUUCUAUGAGUGGAUAUAAAAAAAAAAAAAAAAAACAGGCUUGAACGUUCCUCAGCGCAUUGGUGAGAUAGUAAAGCAGAAAGUCACUCACCAUUAACUAAACUAACUUAAGGUCAACGUUGAAGGAGGAGGAGGAGGAGGAGGAGGAGGAGAAGUGAGGGGAGUAAAGAUAAGAUUAGGGGGUAUAAAACGCGCGCGCGCGCGUGUAUGUGUGUGUGUGUGUGUGUGUGUGUGUGUGUGUGUGUGUGUGUGUGUGUGUGUGUGUGUGUGGGACAGUGUAGGCGGGCAGGCGUGUAUGCGUAGGCGUGUGUGAGCGUGCGUGAGAGCAAAACUUAGCACUAAUUCAUUCGACUUCACACUGAAAAAGAAAGAAGGUAGGAAGAGUCGAGUGAGAGAGAGAGAGAGAGAGAGAGAGAGAGAGAGAGAGAGAGAGAGAGAGAGAGAGAGAGAGAGAGAGAGAGAGAGAGAGAGAGAGAGAGAGAGAGAGAGAGAGAGAGAGACACUGAGGUGCUAGCCCCACUCCCCUCCCCUCCCCUUCCCUUCUCCUCCUCCUCCUCUUCCUCCUCCUCCUGCUCCUCCACGGUGACUAAUCUGGAGUGUUUUAAAGCUUCCUCAACAAGGCUUCCCCCUCCCUCCUUCCCGUCCCGCUCCUGGCACAAGAAGGCACAAACACAGGCGGGGAGGCAAGCAGGCGAGGCGAGAGGUCCCCGCAGGAGCCAUCAUAACAUUCGACACUCCUGAGCCCCGCUAAGGCAUAGAUGAUGCUCAGGCCACGAUGUGCAUGUGUGUGUGUGUGUGUGUGUGUGUGUGUGUGUGUGUGUGUGUGUGUGAGAGAGAGAGAGAGAGAGAGAGAGAGAGAGAGAGAGAGAGAGAGAGAGAGAGAGAGAGAGAGAGAGAGAGAGAGAGAGAGAGAGAGAGAGAGAGAGAGAGAGAGAGAGAGAGAGCACUACUACUCGUAAAAGGUAAAAACAAAGGGAUUAUUGAAUUAACUCCUUCACACAACCAUGACUAAACCACACUGAGAAAUAAACAACUAAGUGAGAGAGAAAAAGUGAGAGAGGAGAACAAAAAGAAAAUGUAGAAUAUAAUACAACACAGAAUAUAAAAGAAAAGGUUAUCAAAACAUGAUUAUCAAUAAAGUAAGAGAGAGAGAGAGAGAGAGAGAGAGAGAGAGAGAGAGAGAGAGAGAGAGAGAGAGAGAGAGAGAGAGAGAGAGAGAGAGAGAGAGAGAGAGAGAAGACAAAGAAUACAAAAUAAAAUGCCCCCAAAAGAUAUUUAGUCAGAGAAUGUCGAAAAUCUUCUUUUAACAACUUUUGGCUGAAGUGAAUAAAUAACACAUGUUUCUUGAAGGUAAAAAGCGACAGGGGAGAGAAGGUGAGGGAGAAACAAGUGUGACAGGUGAGGUGAGGAAGACAGGUAAGGCAGAGGAAGAGUACAGGUGGGGCGAGGUGAGGUGAGAGGCAGGUGAGGAUGAAGUGAGGAUAAGUGUGUGGGGAUCAACUUUAGCAGGUAAAAGGAUAAUAAUAACGGAAGCAAAGCAUAGGAUUACCUGGAGAGAGAGAGAGAGAGAGAGAGAGAGAGAGAGAGAGAGAGAGAGAGAGAGAGAGAGAGAGAGAGAGAGAGAGAGAGAGAGAGAGAGAGAGAGAAUGAAAUAUAGAAAGGCCCCAGAGAGGAGUGGGAAGUGGCAGGGAGUGAGAGAAGGAGAAAGAAAAGGAGUUGCAUCUACGUCGGCGGAGGUUUGUUGUUUGCAACAUUACUAGGAAUAAAUAAACAAAAAGCGGGAAGCAGAAAUCCAAAUUAUAAUCAAAAUAUUGCAUGGCAAAGGAAAGUGUGUGUGUGUGUGUGUGUGUGUGUGUGUGUGUGUGUGUGUGUGUGUGUGUGUGUGUGUGUGUGUGUGUGUGUGUGUGUGUGUGUGUGUGUGUGUGUGUGUG